AUGGGUUUCUUCGAUUUCAUCUCAAAGACAGUAGACGUAGUGAAAGGCGUAGUAGUUGACAACCCAAUUAUCAACCGUCUUGGAUCGGUAGCCAGCAUAAUCACGCACGCAAUUCCAGGUGUCGGUCCUGUGAUCGAUGCCGCAACUCCAGCUUUAAACGCGAUCUUUAGUCAGGAUUCAAAAGCGGAAAGGAUUUCAGAUCCGUCGGAUCCAGCGGUUUUGAAUUCUGAGAAGCCGGGUGUUCAAGUGACCUGA